AUGCCCAAGCGGGCGGCAGGAAUGGUUGCAGUCUUGAGUGUAGACGAGACCAGACCCCCCUGCGUGGUCGCGAAACGCAAGAAGACGAGCUCCCAGACUGCCUCUGCAAGCCCUGUGCUCCUUCUGAACGAGUUGGAGAUGGGCUGCAUAGUUGACGUGCCCCAAUGCGAUCAACAAAGCGACGUUGUUUCCCAGGAGCCCACCCAGCUGACCUUCGGUGCACCGGCUUCGCCUCGCACGGGAACGGAAGAUGAGAAACGACUCAUGUUUUAUACGGGUUUUAACUCCUUCGAAAAAUUUUAUUUGUUUGUUGAACAUGUUGAAGGCAUGUACCAGGCACUGAAAACGGGUGCUGGAAGGCCACCAGCACCGACAAUGAAAGAACAGCUCAUUGCAGUGCUUUGCAGGCUCAGGGUUGGGUUACUGGAACAGGAUUUGGCAUAUCGCCUGAAAGUGUCUGUGUCGACCGUGAGUGCUAUGUACACAUUUUGGGUUAAUUUUUUGUUUGAAAGGCUAGUCCAGAUACCAAUGUGGCCAUCCCGUAACACAGUGGACCAGUUCAUGCCAGACAAUUUUAAAGAAUUGUACCCAUCUACACGCAUUUUACUCGACUGCACAGAAAUGUUUAUCGAGAACCCGUCUGACUACAGUACACAAAGCGACACUUUCAGCUCGUAUAAAGAACACAACACCGCAAAAGGGCUCAUUGGCAUUACUCCAAACGGCUUCGUUUCUUUCGUGUCUAAUCUUGCUCCUGGAAGACUUUCUGAUCGAGAAAUCACAAGACACAGUGGCCUGUAUGAGUUGCUCGAGGAAGGGGACAGUGAAGUGUUCCAAGAAACCCAAGAGUUCCACAAAACGCAGUUUGAGAAUCCCUACUGCCGUGCAAGGCAUUGA